AUGUAUGUCCUAGCCUCGAAACCCAGGCUAUUUUACGUUGCCGGUCGCCAACUACAAACUGGAAGACGUUUAUUGAAUAACCUGGCAUCUACUGCUGCCAGAAAGGCGCAGAACAAAUUGUUGCGUAGACGGAAUGUGGCUCUCGUUUCCGGCGUCAUCAUUGUGGGCUCCUAUGUAACGUUCAACCAAUCAAACUACUACAAAUUGGAUACUGUUCCUCCGGGCUCCAAUCCCAGACUCACGGGUAACCCUUCCAAGUCUGUGACCAGCAUUGUUGAUAACAAAGCUUUUUCGUCCACAACAUCCUCGAUGGUUCGCAAAAACAGUGUGGGUGCUCAGCAGCAUAAGGAAGGUGUGUUUCUUCUCAACGACGAGCAAGUGAGCACUAAGCUCAGACAGUUUGAAGAGUCCUACUAUGUUAACCGUGGAAAGGGUGUUACUAGGUAUGACAUUUGCCAGCUUCCUUCAAACUCUCCUAUAGAAGACGACAGAGCUGAAGAAAUUGUCCAGGUUCCCAUCCUACAAGACAACAACGUGAGGACGUCGACAGAUUGGAUGUUUUUCGGUGUUUACGAUGGUCACGGAGGAUGGACUACCUCGUCAAAGUUGAGAGAUCAAUUGAUUCUGUAUGUUAUUCACGAGUUGGGAACCAUCUUUAAGCCAUCGAAGGAAGAGAACUUGCGUUACGUGCCCAACCUGGCUACAAUUGACCAGGCCAUUAAGAACGGAUUCUUGAAGUUGGAUCACGAGAUCGUCAACAAGAACAUCGAGAAGCUUUUGAAUGAUAACAAUAAAGCAAAGGCUGCAGAAUUGUUGAUGCCUGCCUUGUCUGGUUCUUGUGCUCUUCUUUCUUUCUACGAUACAAACUCGAAAAUGUUAAAGGUUGCAGUUACUGGAGACUCGAGAGCUCUUUUGGGUUCCUUCAAGAAUAACCAGUGGACUGUGAGACAAUUGAGUAUUGAUCAGACCGGCUCGAACCCAACUGAAGUUGCUAGAAUUAUAUCGGAACAUCCCGAUGAACCAAACGUCGUAAGAAACGGUCGUGUCCUUGGGUCCCUUGAACCAAGUAGAGCGUUUGGUGAUUGCAGGUAUAAAUUGCCAGCGUCUAUCCAGGAAAGACUUUAUAGACAGUUUUUCGGAAAGAAGCUUCCAAGCAAUUUGAACUCUCCACCAUAUGUUACAGCUGAACCGGUUGUUACUACCACGAAGGUGAGUCCUGAAAAUAACGAUUUCCUUGUGAUGGCCAGUGAUGGUCUUUAUGAGAUGCUUUCUAACGAAGAAAUCGUUGGACUUGUUGUCAAAUGGAUGGAAAAGGAGAAGCUCGUUAAGCCAAACAAGUCUUUCUGGAACUACUUCGGCUCAUCUGAGAAGGGUUUGCCACAAGUGUCUGAUAUUACUAACGAUAAGACAUCCAAACCGCCAUUCCGCAAGAAUAGACUCACAACUGGUAAUGGAUACCUUCUUGAAGACAAGAAUGUUUCUACGCAUUUGAUCAGAAACGCCCUCUCCAAUGGCGGCUCUAAAGAGCAAACUUCUAUGCUUAUUUCUAUUCCAAGUCCAGUUUCUCGCCGCUAUAGAGAUGAUUUGACGGUUACGGUGGUCUUCUUCGGUAAAGAGCUUGAUGAGAACAAUGCAGGCAAGUUGGAAGCCAACCCACAAGCAACAGCUGGUGGUAUUGAUGCCUCCAAGCCCAAGCUCUAA